AGCUCAAAUUUUUGCAGAUUAUUAAUCUUCUAUAUCACCAACCCACCUUCAUAAGCAGCUAAAAAAAUGGCCGAAAACAACCGCCGAUCAGUAUCCAAAAUUGGCAUAAUCGGGGCCGGCAUUAGCGGGAUCGCCGCCGCCAAGCAUCUCUCCGGCCACCACCCGGUGGUGUUCGAGGCGACGGACUCGAUCGGCGGCGUGUGGAGGCACUGCUCUUUCCGGACCACCAGGCUGCAGACCCCUCGCCGGGAUUUUCAAUUCUCCGACUACCCGUGGCCGCCGGAGAGUGAGAGCAAUGAUUUUCCGACAUAUUUGGAGGUGCUGGAUUAUUUGCAUGGUUAUGCCACCAACUUUGAUGUGCUCAAGUUCGUGAAAUUUAAUUCCAAAGUGGUCCAACUCCGGUACAUUGGCGGCCGGGAAACCGAUCGAGAACAUGACGUGGAUUCAACGCCGGCCGGAGAGUACGGAAGCCUCCUCAACGGCCACCCCGCUUGGGAGGUCGCCGUUGAAGACACUCAGCUCAACACCAUCCAGUGGUAUGAGUUUGAGUUGGUGGUGAUAUGUGUGGGAAGAUAUGGAGACAUACCAAACAUGCCAAAAUUCCCUCCCAACAAAGGUCCAGAGGUUUUCAAAGGCAAGGUUUUGCACUCCAUCGACUACGCCAAGCUCGACCACGACGCUGCACGCGCCCUGCUUCACCACAACCGUGUCGCUGUUGUCGGGUAUCGCAAAUCUGCCAUCGAUGUAGCGGUUGAAUGCGCCGAAGCAAACCAAGGACCUGAAGGGAAGCCCUGCACCAUGGUUAUCAGGUCACUGCAUUGGACAGUCCCAUGUUAUAGAAUUUGGGGUUUGCCCUUUUUCUUGUUUUACUCAACAAGGUUCUCUCAGUUCCUCCAAGAGAGCCCAAAUCAAGGCCUUUUCAAGGCCCUUUUCUGCUCCCUCAUUUCUCCAACGAGAAAGGCAAUAUCGAAGUUCAUAGAGUCAUAUUUGACAUGGAAGCUGCCAUUGGAGAAGUAUGGGCUGAAGCCAGAGCACCCAUUUGAAGAGGACUAUGCUUCUUGCCAAAUGGCUAUUUUGCCUGAGAAUUUCUUUGAGGAGGCUGAGAAAGGCAAGAUUCAGUUCAAAAGGGCAUCAAAAUGGUGGUUUUGGAGUGGGGGACUUGAAUUUGAAGACAACACCAAAUUGGAAGCUGAUGUUGUCAUUCUCAACACUGGCUUUCUAGGCAAACAAAAGCUCCAAUCCUUGUUGCCUCACCCUUUCAGAAGCCUCUUGGUUGACUCUUCGGACAUCAUCCACUUGUACAAGGGUGUGAUUCAUCCACUGGUACCAAACAUGGCGUUUGUGGGGUAUAUGGAGAGCGUAUCAAACCUCCGCACGGCGGAGCUUCGGUGCAAGUGGGUGGCACGGCUGGCGGAUGAUCGUUUCAAGCUUCCGAGCAUCGAUGGAAUGCUUGAACAGACUGCAAGAGAGGUUCAAGUUAUGAAGAGGACCACACGUUUCUAUAAGCGUCAAUGCAUCUCCACAUUCAGCAUUAACCACACCGAUGAGAUUUCUCAGGAGAUGGGAGACACUUUGGCAAACAAAUAAAAUAAAUAAAUUAUAACACAACCUUUAUUUUCUGCCCUUAUUAAUGAGAGAAACUGAGUUUGUUAUGUCAUAUUUAUUUGCAAUACAAUGUAUUAACUCUUAAGUAUCGUUAAUAAAAUAAUUAAGCCAAAGUUCUCCUCAAUAGCUAUGUUGUGUUUCUUCAUGGCAUAUGCAGAGGGGUGUCUAGGAUUA